GACAAUGACUGCCGUGCAGCGGAGGCUGAUCCGCUCUUCCCUUCGACCUGGGUAAUGCCAGCAUACGGAUCUCACACGACUUCAAGGGUGCUGCGACGAAGCUGUGGCCUCUUUGAUGAGUGGCAGGAUGCGCCGUGUUACGGCCACGACCUGUUGGUGGUGGUGAGGGACUUGGCCUUGGACAAGAAGGAUGCCGACUACGCGGCCGCUCAGACCGCAUCGCUGGGGACACCGACUGAAGGGCUCUUGGCACCCAUGCGCAGGUUUGGGCGAUACUAUGAAGCAGUCCCGGACAAUGGAGGAAAUGCGCAACAAGUCUUUGGCACCUCACCCUGGGCUGGGCCCGCCACAGGAGGCACGCUGCUCCGAGAUGACAACAGGGAACAGGCUCGUGCUCUGGGCUUCAUGGAGAGCUACGUUGUCGCAGAAGCCGAGUCCGGAGACUGGUCCCACGUACACUUUCUGGGUGGUGAUGGAUUUGAGGUGACUGCAAUCACCUGCACAUGUGCAGCACUCGCUAUCCUCGAGGACUUUGAGGCAGCAAAACUAAAUUGCCUUCGACAUCGGCGAUAA